CCCCAUAAUGAAGAAGUUGACAUCCAUAAUUCUCUUCCUUAUGUGUAUCACUUCUAAAUGCCUUCAAAGACUUGGUAUUUUCUAUAUUCCCCGUGUCAUACACAUUGCAGGUCAUGGUAUACACUGUGUGUGUUUUUUAGCAAAGCGAUUCGUUUGUAAAGGUGGACCGUUCUGCACCAACAUAUAAGGACUACUAUCCAGAUGUUAUCGCAUGACGGACAAUAAAGGAUACACAGUGAGGAAAUUGGAUAUAUAUCGGGUCAUGUCGGGUUUUGCUUAUCAUUGCGGGUGUAUUGUAUAGCUUGAAAUCAAUUAAACGCUGAACUGUGCCAUGUCAGAAGGAGGCCCGUAGCUUAAAAUCAAUGUCUUCUGUGUGCGUGAAAUCCAUCUGUGAAGACAUUGAACAUUGAACUAUCUCUAAGCAUCAACCAGGUUCCACGGUGGAUCCAAAAGACACAGACACUCAAAAACUAACAUGGAAGUGUGGACCGUCAUCUCUGGAAUAGUUGUGCUGCUCCCUGCCACCUUCUCCGUAGAUGGACUGGGCACAACCUAUAAGGGUACAAUACAAGUGAAUACGGUGACAUGCAGCUUUGCUGAAUAUAAAAAUAAAGACGGCAGAGGACCUCGAGGACUGCGUCUCUCUUCAUGCACGAGUAACAAGACCCUCGACUGCACUUACUACGGAGAGAAUCCCCACAAUUGCAAGGCAUAUAAACCAGAACAGCAGAAGAGCAUCAAGAAGUACUACUCAGCACUGGCAGAAAGUGCCAUGAACAAUGGCGACCCGUGCACACUGAGCUCCAUCACUGAAAACAUCUGCGAUCUGAGCUACCUUUGUUAUGACGGGAGCUGUAAAGAGAAUCAUCCCAAAGAGGAGUUAUAGAAUCUAAUACAAUCAGAGCUUUUAUCUUGUAAUUCUGUGUAUUAAAGUUAUAUA